AUGUCAUCGCAACAAAAAAGCGAAUCCAAUCCCCCUCCUGAACAUCAUCGAUCGCGGGACGACUAUCAAAAAAAAACGCUUCGUGAUCAUGAGGUGUUGGCGGGGGUGUUCUGGCCAUCCACUUCUACUUCUAAUACCACUGUGAAAGUAUUAGAUACGACAUCUACGACGACUACUUUUUCUGUCCAGCAGCAAAAUUUCUUCUUCAAAGCAGCAUUCACCAACGAGGACGACCACAGCGACGGAGUGACCUACUCCGAGGAGUUGCCGUUGGGAUUCAAGAUCGUUAUUAGAUGGAGGGUUGUUGUGUGUGACAACAACAAUAGUAAUAACGACAGCGACGAGGUCAGUAGUAGACAGGGGCUUCUCGUAGAAGAAGAAUCCUCCGUCGUUGCGCCGAAGCCUGUUUCGCGGUUUCUACACUUCAAGAAUGAUGGGGAUGGGGAGAUGAAUCCGAAGACGAGGGUGUUGGUGAGGGCUUUGACGAGUGGGGAUUUUUCUUCUUCUCUGGGAUAA